CUGAAGCAAGAGAAGACAAUCAGGUGUGACAACGUUGUGGACGACGUGCCUGAUGCUGCUCUAUCCGAGGGGGGCUCAUCAGCUCAUUCGGAUCUGGAAAUUGACGAAGAUGAGCUUUGUGGCAUGCAUGAAAAGCGUGGUAAUGAGCAAGAUCAGCACCAGGAACAUUAUUUUCUUGAUGCACAGACUGAGGAAGCCGAGAAUCCCUCGCCAGAAUCGUCAGUGAAGGCUUCCAGUUCUGGUGAUGAUACGGAGAGCCGCCCAUCAAGAGUAAGGCGAGCUCCUCGGCGAUUUGUUGAUGAUUGA